AAAUCUAGAAAGUGGGUGUGGUAUCUUUCCCAAGAUUUUCUUAUUCUUCUUCUUCUCCUCCUCUCUCUUCUCCUCUUCUUGCACCUCCUCACCUUCUCCUCUCCUCUCCUCUUCUUCUCCAUCACCAUCCACCCAUCCAACUGGUCCAACUCCUCCAAUCGUUUGCUUCUUCUUCUUCCUCUUCUCGCUGUUCUUGGUGGAGGAGGAGAUUAGGGUUUGAUUAGGGUAGAUAGAGAGAGAGGGGUUGGGUUUGGUUGGUGUUUGUGUGGAGAUGGACCCCAAAUUCCCCCCACCCCCACCGCUAAACAAAACGGAGCCCACCACCACCACCACCAACCAGCAGCAUCACCACGAUGAGCAGCAGCAGCAGCAUCGCCUCCAGAUUCAAGUUCAUCCUCAGCAGCAGGAGCAGCAGGAUGGAGGUGGAGGAGGAGGGAAGGAUCAGCAGCAGCAGCAGCAGAUGCAGGUGGUGGUUGCGGCGGCGGCGGGGGAGAGGAGGAUGCAGGGGCUAGGGCCGAAGCGGAGCUCGAACAAGGACCGCCACACCAAGGUGGACGGGCGGGGGCGGCGGAUCCGGAUGCCGGCGCUGUGCGCCGCCCGGAUCUUCCAGCUCACGCGGGAGCUCGGCCACAAGUCCGACGGCGAGACCGUCCAGUGGCUGCUCCAGCAGGCGGAGCCGGCCAUCGUCGCCGCCACGGGGACCGGGACCAUCCCGGCGUCCGCGCUCGCCUCCGUCGCCCCCUCCCUCCCUUCCCCCAACUCCGCCCUCUCCAGGUCGCACCACCACCACCACCACAUGUGGGCGGCAGCGCCGCCCACGGCGUCCGCCGGGUUCGCCGGUGCAGGGUUCUCCGGCGCCGACUCCGGGGUGAUCGGCGGGAUCAUGCAGCGGAUGGGGAUCCCCGCCGGGAUCGAGCUCCAGGGCGGGGGAGCGGGGGGGUUGGGGGGUGGGGGUGGCGGCGGCGGUGGCCACAUCGGGUUCGCGCCCAUGUUCGCCAGCCACGCGGCGGCGGCGGCGGCCAUGCCGGGGCUAGAGCUAGGGCUCUCGCAGGACGGCCACAUCGGCGUGCUCGCCGCGCAGUCGCUCAGCCAGUUCUACCACCAGGUCGGCGCCGCCGGUCAGCUGCAGCACCAGCACCAGCAUCACCAUCAGCAGCAGCAGCAGCAGCAGGACGGGGAGGACAACCGCGACGACGGCGAGUCCGAUGAGGAGUCCGGGCAGUAGUAGCCGCGCCACCUGAAUUUGUUCAUCCACGCGUCGUCUCUUCGGAGGAGAAAAGAGAAUUCUAGGAAGGACAUGCAGCUAAUGGAGGGGGGAAUGGAAUGCUUUUGUUACUGUUGGGUUGUUCUUCAUGGGGGUUUUUAUGUCUGAUUUUUUUUCCUCGUGUGGUGUCGAAGCUCGAAAGAGGCUACUACUUUGCUCCGGCGACUUGUUGGGAUGGAUCAUGAUCAUCUUCAGUUGUUACUCCUGCUGCUCCAUGGAUGGUUGCCGGUUUAUCCCCCUCCAAGUGUUUAGGUGUAUAAUAGCCGAGAGCUGGAUGGACUGGAUCAUCGCUGUCGAGUGAGUGCUUUAUUUGUUAUUGCAGGUCGUUGUGUAGAUAUUCAGGUAUUUUUGCAGUUAGAGAGGUCUUCUUUUUUUCCUUUUUACGAGAGUGAUGAUCCGCUUAUGUGCGACAAAUACGAUGUCCGUCAAACUGAUCCUCACCCACGGGCUGUUUCUGCAACGCAAAUAUGAUGCAUAUACAUUUUUAGAGGCCUGAUUUUAUAUGCUUAUUCUUUUGUGGUAUGUUGUAUGAUGUCGGUUUCAAGGUUUCUCUUGAUUUUCCCUGGCUUGCUUUUAGUUUGUGUAGCAUGUUUACUAUUUUUGUCAAUUUCUUGAUUUGGGUGACCUGUCUAUUAAUAGAACGGAACAGCAGAAACAUCAACAA